AUGUUAUCACGACUUACCACAAGUGACAGCUCUAGCCUCAUAUGUCUUUUAUUUAAAGAUUCUUGCAAGAGAAUGGGUGAACGCUGCGACAGAACCGUCUUUAAUAGGUGCUGCGAGGGUCUCUACUGCGUGCUGAAAGGAUUUGCUGACGGUAGCUGCGAAAAGUGUCUGCCCCAGGGUCACUUCUGCUUCUCCGAUGCAGAAUGCUGCAGUGACUGCCGCCGUGAAGGCGAGGACUGCAGCAGAACCAUCUUCUCACGUUGCUGUGAUCCCCUGUUCUGUCAGUUGCAUUCGUUCGCGCAGGGCAAAUGUGUCAAGUGCCUCGCAGGUCGACAGUUCUGCAUGAGUGACAGCGAGUGCUGCUCAGGCAAAUGUCACUGGUAUCGCAUUUGCUCUGACAGCUAA